AUGUAUACUGUGGCGAAAAGCCCAAAAACUUACAGCUUUGGUUCAACAACAGAUUCCAGUGCUGCUGCAAAUCUAGAUAAAUCUAUUCUUAAGGUAACGAUAAAUGGUAAUUUGGAGAAAAGGAUUAUUGAUGUGAUUAAUAACCAUAAAAACCAAAAUGAUGGCAAAGGAAUGAUUUCCAAAAGACUAACUACAAAGAAGCUACAGGAUGUAUACAUGGCUUUACAAAGAUUCUCUUUUAAGACUGAGCACAUUGAAGAAGCGAUGAAAAAUACACUUUUAUAUGGUGGCGAUCUCCAUUCUGCACUUGACUGGCUUUGUUUAAACCUUCCCAAUGAUGCCUUACCUGAAGGUUUUAGUCAGCAAUUCGAAGAACAGCAGCAGAAGCCUAGAGCCAAAUUCUGUUCCAGUGUGUCACAGUGUGGGACACCACCUCACUUAGAAGAUAACAAAAAGAAAGAAAAUGGCCCUGAAACUAAGGAAACAAAUGUGAGGAAAGAGAAAGAAUUGACUAUGAAGGAAUGGAUUUUGCAAUAUGCUGAGCAACAGAGUGAUGAAGAGAAGGAUGAGUCUGUGAAAGAGGCAGAUGAAGAAAAAUUUGACCCAAAUGAGAGGUAUAUACAUCUGUCUGCCAAGCUUUCAGAAGCAAAAGAACAAGCAAGCAUUUCCAAGCAGGACAAAGACAAGCAAGGCCAGAAGGCAGCACAAGAAAAAAUAAGAAGAAUUCAGCAAGAAAUGGCAGUACUUGAGGAGCAUCCAGUAUUUAAUCCAGCUGUAAAGAUUACAAACCAGCAGCAAAAUGAAAAGAAAAAACCACCUUCACCUCAACCUCAAGAAACCACUUUGAAUUUGAGCUUGCUUGAGAAACCUGAUGGUGCUGCAAAGGAAGACAAAGUGAAAAAGAGGGAACCACUAGAUAUAAGAAAUUUUGAUUAUAGUGCUCGAAGCUGGACUGGUAAAUCUCCAAAACAGUUUCUGAUUGACUGGUGCAGAAAGAAUUUUCCAAAGAGCCCGAAUCCUGCUUUUGAAAAAAUUUCUGUUGGAAAAUACUGGAAAUGUAGGGUCAGGAUUAUCAAGUCAUCAGAUGAUGUAAUGGUGAUGUGUCCUACAAUCGUAACAGAAGAUAGUAUGCAAGCACAGCAUCUAGCUGCUACUUUGGCACUCUACCAUUUAACCAAAGGACAAUCAGUUCAUCAGUUGCUACCUCCUACCUACCGAGAUGUCUGGCUAGAGUGGAGGGAUAUCGAGAAGAAAAAGGAAGAAGAAAGCAAGAUAGAAACCAACAAGCCACGUGAUACCUUUAUUGCUAAAUUGUUAAACAAACUCAAACAGCAGCAGCAGCUACAAUCUGAAAACCAGCCAAAACUAUCUGAGGGUCCUGAAGAUUCCUGGGAAAACUUGGUUUCUGAUGAGGACUUCAGCAGUCUCUCCCUUGAGACUUCAGAUGCAGAUAAUUUGGAACCUUCGAGGGUUUUGUUUAAGAAGCUUCAGAGUUCCUCUAGAUACCAGAAGCUUCUGAAAGAGAGACAGGAGUUACCUGUAUUUAAGCACAGAUACUCAAUUGUAGAAACUCUUAAAAAACAUCGAGUAGUUGUUGUUGCUGGUGAAACAGGCAGUGGGAAGAGUACUCAGGUGCCCCAUUUCUUGUUAGAAGACUUGCUGCUAGAUGAAGGAUCAAAAAAAUGCAACAUUGUUUGCACACAGCCCCGAAGAAUCUCAGCAGUGAGUCUGGCAACAAGGGUUUGUGAAGAGCUGGGCUGUGAAUCAGGACCGGGAGGAAAAAAUUCCCUGUGUGGAUAUCAAAUUCGUAUGGAAUCAAGAGCAGGAGAAGCCACCAGACUGCUGUACUGUACAACAGGUGUCCUGCUUCGGAAACUUCAAGAGGAUGGUCUCCUGUCAAGUAUCUCUCAUGUUAUUGUAGAUGAGGUACACGAAAGAAGUGUCCAGUCUGAUUUCUUGCUAGUUAUUCUGAGAGAGAUCUUGCAUAAGCGUUCAGACCUGCACCUGAUUUUAAUGAGCGCCACUGUAGACAGUGAGAAGUUCUCCAGCUAUUUCUCACACUGUCCUAUUUUGAGGAUCUCAGGGAGGAGCUACCCAGUUGAGAUUUUCCAUGUUGAAGAUAUAAUUGAAGCAACUGGCUAUAUUCUGGAGAAAGACUCAGAAUAUUGUCUGAAGUUCUUGGAGGAAGAGGAGGAAGUAACAAUAAAUGUUACUGGUAAAGGAGGAAGCGCUACAAAGCACCAGGAGUAUGUCCCAAUCCAGUCUGGAUCUGGUAUCGAUUUGGCACCUUAUUAUGCGAAGUAUAGCAGUCGUACACAGCAAGCUAUCUUAUAUAUGAACCCUUACAAGAUCAACCUUGAACUUAUUUUGGAGUUGCUUGCAUACUUAGAUAGAAGUCCCCAGUUCAAGAAUAUUGAAGGUGCUGUGCUAAUCUUUUUACCAGGCCUUGCUCAUAUCCAACAGCUGUAUGAUCUCAUUUCAACUGACAGAAGAUUUAACUUGCAUGACAGGCACAGAUUGAUAGCAUUGCAUUCUGUUCUUUCAACUCAAGAUCAAGCAGCUGCGUUUACAAUACCUCCUCUUGGUAUUAGAAAGAUUGUUUUGGCAACCAAUAUAGCAGAGACAGGUAUCACAAUACCAGAUGUUGUCUUUGUAAUUGAUACUGGGAGAACAAAAGAAAAUAGGUAUCAUGAAAGCAGUCAGAUGAGUUCCCUGGAAGAGACCUUUGUUAGUAAAGCUAGUGCUCUGCAGCGACAAGGAAGAGCUGGGCGUGUUAGGGAUGGGUUCUGCUUCCGAAUGUACACGAGAGACAGGUUUGAAAGUUUCAUGGAAUAUUCUGUUCCAGAAAUAUUGCGUGUGCCUUUGGAGGAGUUAUGCCUUCAUAUUAUGAAAUGCAGUCUUGGCUCGCCUGAAGAUUUUCUUUCCAAAGCACUAGAUCCACCACAGCAGCAAGUAAUUGGUAAUGCAGUGAAUCUGUUGAGGAAGAUUGGCGCUUGUCAGUUAAACGAGCCCAAGCUGACUCCAUUGGGCCAGCACCUUGCAGCCCUUCCUGUUAAUGUAAAGAUUGGCAAAAUGCUUAUAUUUGGUGCUAUAUUUGGCUGCUUGGAUCCUGUGGCGACUUUGGCUGCUGUUAUGACAGAAAAAUCUCCAUUUACUACACCUAUUGGUCGAAAAGAUGAAGCAGAUCUUGCAAAAUCAUCACUGGCUAUGGCAGUUUCAGACCAUAUAACAAUCUACAACGCUUAUCUGGGGUGGAAAAGGGCUCGACAGGAAGGGGGAUAUCGUGCUGAAAUGACUUAUUGCAGAAGGAAUUUCCUUAAUAGGACUUCACUAUUAACUCUGGAGGAUGUGAAGCAAGAACUUAUAAGGGUGGUCAGAGCAGCAGGGUUCACAGCACCUUCAACACAGUGUGGAUGGGAUGGAAAUGGAGCCACGCAAUCCCUGUCUCUCAGUGAAAUAGCUCUUCUUAAAGCUGUGUUGACUGCAGGACUGUAUGACAACAUAGGAAAAAUACUAUAUACAAAGUCUGUGGAUAUUACAGAGAAGCUGGCUUGUAUGGUAGAAACUGCUCAGGGUAAAGCGCAAGUUCAUCCCUCUUCUGUAAAUCGAGACUUGCAGACAUAUGGAUGGCUGCUUUACCAAGAGAAGGUGAGGUACGCCAAGGUGUAUUUGAGAGAAACAACUUUAAUAUCCCCCUUUCCCAUUUUACUGUUUGGUGGGGAUAUAGAAGUCCAGCAUCGCGAGCAUCUCCUGACAGUUGAUGGUUGGAUCCAUUUUCAGGCUCCUGUUAAGAUAGCAGUAAUUUUCAAACAGCUGAGAGUUCUCAUUGAGUCUGUUUUGAAAAAGAAGCUUGAAAAUCCCAAAAUGUCACUUGAAGAUGACAAGGUCUUAUACAUCAUCAAAGAACUGAUCAAAACAGAAAAUGGUAACUGAAAUCAGAAGUCAGUAACAAAUCAAAGCUUGAGUAAUUGCAGGAGAAAUAUGCACUCCAGCAUUAAUAGGAAGUAUUUAAAUUCUUAGUGUGGUUGAUACCAGCCAAGAUGGGGAUAGACUGCAUGAUUUUGCAUAGAAUCAGCCUUUCUUUUUAUCAGUUUAAAGAUGAACAUUGAAUAUGCUUAGCCUUUACAGUAUAUUUGGUGUCAUUUGUCUUGACUAUAUGAAUAAUAACUGCAAGCAGUUUCUUUUCAGAAUAGAAAUGGCUGUGAACAAUUCCUCUUUUUUAGAUUAAUGUGCUAAUCAUACGAUCAGUACAGUGUGUACUGAUUAUUGAAGAUUUGGUCCUGAAUCUCAAUUUAGUAGAAUUCCAUGUGUGCAAAUAGAGGACAAAUGUUUCGCCUAUGGGUUUCCUAAGUGAUGAUUUUUUUUUUUUAAAUAUCAGUUACAGUAUUAAACCAUUACAUCUUAGAGAAGUCUUGAUUUUUCUGUAUGAUUUACAUUGAGAAGAUGCUCUAUAAGCAUCUCUAAGAUGAUAGUAUGGACUGCUAUGUACAAGUGCUCAGUGAGGCCUGUACUGACCAGCAGCUCCCAAACAGAGGAUGUGCCUGAGACAUGUGCUGACCAGCAGCUCCCAAACACAGGAUGUGCCUCUUCUCACAGUUGUUUCUCCUUGUUUACCCUAAUCUUUGCAACUACUGCAACUGUCCUGUAUUUUGAUGUCCCUUUUUUGUAUGUUAAGUUUUGCAUAGUUGUGCAAGCCCCCUUCAUGAGAUUAUUUCCCCCCUAUUGAUCAAAAUUUAUAUUAACCGUCUUCAAGGAAAUACCAGAGAAGCUCCUAGUGGAAACUUCCAGUGGCAGCUCUCUCCUACCCACAGUGGCUGGAUGUAUGUGUGAUCCUUUGUUUCUUGUUUCUUUAAUACUGAAUAAUCCUUAACUGAGUAGCUUAAAGAGAUGGUCUCACAUUGCACCUAUCUGUACUAUUUCUAAUUAUGAAGGGCAAUUUUAGAUUGCCAACUCAGCUUUCAAGAAUAAGGAAUAUAUUGGUGGGUAGGAUUUGCUGUUAAACAGUUGCAGACAAAUAGGAACUGUCUUUACAGAGAGAAGCACAGUAUAGACAACUUCUAUUUAAUCUGAAAAAUAAAGGUUUUAUACAGCAGAGAUAAUCAUGUACAGAAAAAGGGCGCUGAGGAAACUGCAUAAAAAUGCAAGAUAUAU